AUGCAAAAACUAAGUGCUAACACCGCUGCAAAGUCAGUUGGCCGUUCUGAACAGCUGCAACGGUUGAUAGCUCCGUGGAGAUUAACAGGUCCUGUAUCUGACGGCGAAUGGCGAGACGUCCCUCUGGCGACUUGUGAGUAUCGCUCUCGUUCUCCAGCGAGUCGCCCCACACACGUAUCCGUUCCGCACUCAAGUAGCUCGCGCGUGUAUGAUACUAGAUACUUCGUCCGCGACGCCCGUAGAACCAAUAUUCAUGGCAUUCAAGCCAGUCUGUUUAGCUUUGAACGUACUUUGGCUGCAGAACUACAGCCUGAACUGGGGAAACCCCAGCGUCCACUUGAGAAAGCUGUGCACGUCAGCAUAUUGGACGACCCGGACGCAGGUUAUGCAUAG